AUGCAGUUGAAAACAGCUGAAGCAGAUGCAAGAAUUCAGCUUUCUGUAAGUCAGAACAAUGAGAAACAUGCGAGGCAGGAAGCCAUGCAGCUGCGCUCGAGACUGGAGCAGAUGGAAGCGAGGUACACCACAAUGGAAAAACUUAGAGAUGUCGAUAGGAACUCGUUGUCACAGUUGGAAAAGAAAUACGCUGAGCUCAUGAACAGAAAGAAUGACGUAGAACGUGAAUUGAUGGACGAGCGCAAAGCGCGAAAAGAGGACGGUGGAAGACGAAUGGACUCUGCGGAGCAGCAUCGUGAAAAAGAAAGACAGUUAGAACAAGAAGUCGACAGAUUGCGUGCUGAAGCUUCGGCUAGGGAGGAAAGGGUGGCUGAUAUAGAGAGAGAGCUACACGCACUUCGCAAGUACAAGGAAACCAAUGACAUUGAGGCACUUAACAUGGACUUACGUAUAAUGAGAGAAAAGAUGGUUCACUUGGAAGAGUCGCUUGCUGCUGAGAACAAACUGAAGCAGGAGCUGUUUCGUGCACUUGGCGAUGCGAAAGCGAACAACGCUCACUUACAAAGUCAGCUGCGAGCCUACGAAAUCACAUCUGGAAUGCCCUUGUCGGUAUCUGUCGCACGUCCACCUUCAACAUCGCUUGCUCAGCAGGAAAAGGUUUCACCACAGCAACAACAGCCGCCUCAGCACAACCCCUACCAGAUGCCUAUGAGCCAGUCGCAGAAGAUAGACUCAGCCAUGGCGACAAGCAACGCUUCAUCACACAUGGGUGUUGCAUAUGGGAAUCUGUAA